AUGGUGGAGACGGUCGAGGAGACUGAGCGUGAGGCGAUCGCCUCCAUUCCACGGGUGCGCCGCGACAAGGGUGGCCCAUACCUGUUCCCGGCGUUGGAUGCCGGCGCCGAUAGCGGAUUCGCGCUUCGGCAACUUCAGCACCGCAUUGCUGCGUUGGAGGCCGAGAAGUCGAUCAAAUACGAGACUGAGCUGCAAGUGCUCGUUGAUCAACUGGGCAAGGAAUUGGUGUUCGGCCAAAUUCCGUUUACGAUCAAGUUGAUGUUGAAGGAAUCAAUGAACGACCAUUUUGAUCAGAUGGUGGCGGAUCUUCUCGAACAAGCCAAGCGCGCCAAAGAAACGAAGAAUAUGGACCUGAAUCGCGAUCUCUCGAUUCGCGCGAUAGACAUUUUGCUGGCCCUGAAUAGAGUUGAGCAGGCUGCUGAGAUUGCAGAGCACCAUGAGAUCGAUCAUGACAUCAUCGCUGUUUGGAAACAAGCCGGAGAGGGUGACGAUGCCUACCGAGAUGUCUUCCGCUGGGCAGUCGAGGCUGAGGACCCGAUCGCUCGCAUGAUUGCUCUACUUGCGUUCGCCGAGGAUGGUGACGUUGACUUCCUGCCUACGCAGAUUGCCUUGCAUGCCUCAUUCAUCAGCAUCCAGGAUGGCUUAAUUCUGGCGACAGCUCGGCUGGGAUGGAAUCACAAGUUGACUCAACGCUUACAUCGCACCUGGUUGUCAGAUUUGAAGGCUGAACUGCCACCGAUGGCUGAUAUUGAAUUGUUCUCGUGUCGUGACCUCAACACUAUCUGUAGUCAAUGGACGAAAGCCGGCUUGAUCACGAAGGACCCGGAUCUCUUCUCGUUCUUUAUCGCUGUUUAUCAAAUCAUCGCGGCUGCUGACGAAAAGUACCCUCACCCAAAUACUGCGGAGAUGAUUGCCUUCAAAGCCGAUGCCUGGGAUACUCUAUUCGAUGGCAGCAUGCUGGAAGGAAAUUCUAUUUUGAAGGCGGCGAAAGAAGCAGAAGAAGAAAAUGACCUUGUCGACGGCGUGUCUGCCUUGGCUUGCAUGUUUUUCAAGAAUAUUAAGAAGUCUGUGCGCUCGAUUGACCUUGAAACGGGCUUCAAACGACGACUACAGCUGACUUCUGUCGUUGCUGAAAGUCUCACAAAGCUACUGCUCAAUGAUACGGAGGGUCAAACGGUUUCGCUGCUCCCAGAAAAGGACGAUCCAUUGUUUCUGGACACACCAAAGAAGAUGAUGGAUCGUUUAGUAGGCUUACUCACAAAACGUGACCCCUUCCGCGAUGCCCAGCUAAACGCUCGAUAUAAUGCUGCUCUGGAGAAAUUUUUGCCUGCAGCUGUCACCACAGAGUCUUCGCCAGAAAAGAAAUAUCUGCAGAAGGACACUGGUUACAAGCCCGAACGAGUCGGACGUAAAUGCUAUCGGUGUGAACAGUUGGGCCAUCUUGCUAGAGAUUGCGUUGUUGGGACGAUGCCUGAAGUGCGGUCCAGGAACGCUUCCUUCAGGCAGGCGGAACCCGCGCUAGAGAAGCGUGCCGAGCCGCAACCCGCGCUGGAGGAGCGUGCCGGCCCGCAACCCGCGCUGAAGGAGCAUGCCGAGCCGCAACCAGCUCUGGAGGAGCGAGCCGAGCUGCAACCACGCCCAGUCGAAACUGAAACGGAGGAGCAAGAGCCCAUUGAGGAAACGGUGACAGUUGCUGUGGAAAACAAUUCACUCGAAGAAGUCGUUGAACCCCUGGCGCCUGAGCCUGCCGAAGAUUUGCCCGAGGUCGAUUCACAAUCUACUACUACCUCUGCGGUCGGCUCGACUGUUGAAAACCCCAUCGAUGAGACUCGCCCUGAGCUGGUGAACCUCGAUCACAGCCUAUUGGAGGAGAUGUUGGGAGGCUCAGAAGACGAAAUGCCCGACGCAAAAGUCAAUGACCCGGAUGGAUAUUUUAAGAGCGGGGAAUAUACACAGCGUGUUGCUGUCUCACCAGUUUGCGAGUUGGUCAAGACCGAGAAAAUUGAAACUGGUCACAAACCUGGCCUGAGUGAAUUGAUUACCGACGUUCUUGAAGAAGAUGUUUCAACAGCUGAAUCGGCUUCGGUUUUCAAUGAAAAGCCGCCGACGAUGUUCGAUGCGACUAAAUGGGGCGUACCUGCCGGCACUGGAAGCGCCUUCGAUGUUAACUUCGCUACCGAAUCUAGUGGCGCCCCAAAGACUGGCGGUUUUGACGGUCCCCGCACUCACGGUGGCGAUUCGAGAGGUCGCGGAAGGCACCCGAGUUCGAACAACUGGUCGAGUACUGCCGAGCGGGGCUACAACGGUACUAACAACGCUUUCGGCGGUUCGUCAUAUUCGAACAACUUUGGCGAUCGGCACAACAACUACCAGCAGAGGGGUAACAGCGGAGGGCGUGGACGGGGAGGCCAUGAUCGUGUUCCCUACCAAGGAUCGGAUGCUCGUCGAGGCAUGGCUUCUGGCGAUCAAGACGAUGAGCCGGUGGCGAAACGUGCCCGGAUGCAAGUUGCCUCGCCCGACGACUUCGACGACGCACAAAAAGAAUCUCUGCGUCGGCUUGACUUGGUCCAGACACAGCUUGACAAGCUCUCUGAAAAGGCGACCACGGAGAUGAUUGAGAUAGAAAAGAAGUUUAUCGCUGAAAAGCAACCCCACUAUGCAACCCGCAACGCGUUGUGCAAUGACAUUCCUGAAUUUUGGUACAAAGCGUUUAUGCAACAUCCAGAAGUAUCUGAGCUUAUCACCGACGAAGAAGAAAAAGCGCUGUCGUAUCUGACUCACUUUGAGGUUGACGAGCAUAGCGAGCCGGGUGAUGGCUUCAAAUUGAUCUUCAAAUUCAAAGAAAACCCGUACUUCCAAAAUGAUGCGAUUAUCAAGCACUACAAGACCAGUGAACCGCACGGCUCCAGCAGUGUGACACCGAUCGUUUGGAAAGGCGGCGAGCUUGGCAAGCUCGGCGACGACGACGACUCUGGUUGGCUCUCAUUUUUUGCGUGGAUGAGGUCGGAGCAACAGCCGGAAAUUGAUCAAUUGGCGGAGUUACUCAAAGAUGAGCUGUGGAGUCAUCCGCUUGAUUACUUCCUCGGAUCGAUUGGUACCGAUGAAGACGAAAUCGACGAUCUAGUGAUGGUCGACUCCACCGAC